GGUAUGCCUAUCGUAAUUCGUAUUAUUCGUAAUAUCAUAUUAUUGAACAUGAGCCUAURUCAUUAUUAUUUUGCAAUAGUCAGAAAAUAUUUUAAGAAAACAACGCGGUCGAUGUUUGUCAACCUGUCACCGGUUUAUUUUCGUGUAUUGGCGUGCAUGUCUGUGUGGCCAUCUGUCAAAUCGGCUGAUUGGUCAUAACAUACUCAUAUUCAUCUGAUAAAAACAAUAAAAAUGUUCUCGUUUUGUAAAAAUUUAUCACCAGUUCUAUUGUGUAUUUUGUGUACAAGAAUUUUCAAUAUCACGUUAUCGAUCGUUCGUAAAAUAAUGACUAAAUGACCUACUAUUAAAGUCGUAACCCAAAUAAUAGGUUGAGACGUUAGUAAACUUGUUUUCAAAGUAAAGGGGGUCACGAAUUCAACACUAUCAGAUGAAGGUUAAAGUUAAACAACAUUAGAUGCACAAUAUUUUUCACCAGAGUGUUAAAAGAUGUAGUUGAAUUUAUUGUUCACGGAAAAUGACAAACAAUCAUCCAUCARCUCAAACUGAUCGGUCGACGGAUUGGCGGUCACGUCGACCGGCGUUAUGAAGAAGACCGCUGUUAAUUAUGAACGUACUCACUCGUUGGCGGAUGACGAUGAAGAUGGUCGAGAGAUAAUAUUAGAACGUGAUCCAUUUCGGCGCCCCAAGUCUCACCGUAUCACUGUGCUUUCUGGGCAAAAUGGUUUGGAAGAGAAACCGUCUAAAAGUGAUGUUGAUUUACCUAAAAAAAAUAGACGUAGUUGGGAAAGAGAGGAAGAAGUGCUUCUGAAUAAUGAAUCAUCACUUGAUGAUGAAGAUGCUGCCGGAAAACUAAGAAAAUGGAGCAAAAGUAAAAUAGAUUUAUUAAUGCCCAGUUUACGGUCCCUGGUCACAUUGGCCAGGGGCAAGUCAUCCUCAUCUUCAUCAUUAAAUCAACCUGGUUCAGCAGAAAGUUGGUCACAUUUAGAAUGUAUACGGAAUGAAGAACCAAUUCGUAAAUACAAUACUAUGGUAACAUUAUCUAAUGUAGUACUAAAUCGGCCUGCUGGAAUAAAACCAAUAAAUCGAUUACGAGAUACUGCUGUUUGUUCAAGAUGUAGUAGUGUUUUGUCUUUGGCUGCAUCUUCAUCAAGAUAUUCAUUAGGAUCAACAUCAAGUUUUGUAACACACCGAGAUCAACCAAUUGUACUUUGUAAAGUAUGUUUAAAUGAAGUUCCUGUAAAAAAUUCUUGGACGCUUCAACAAUGUGGCUGCUCCUAUUGUAUUGAAUGUGUAAAAGCAUAUGUGGAGUUUGAAAUCAACCAAGGUGCAUACAAUAUAUCUUGUCCAGAUGCUCAAUGUCCUAAGCUAGGCAUAAUUCAGUUAGAAGAAAUAGAAGCAUUAGUCAGCAUUGAUGAAAUUGAAAAACAUCAAAGAUACAGACUUAAUAAAGAAGUGGAAUUAGAUAAAAGUCGUAUGUGGUGUCCAAAACCAGGAUGUGAAACUGUUUGUGAUGUUGGUGAUCGUUCUCGACCACAUAGUGUAAUAUGUCCUACCUGUCAAACCGAAUUUUGUUCUGGAUGUCGAGCAACAUGGCAUCCUGGAAAACCAUGUCCACCUCCAACUACACAUGACAUGCCUACAUUCGAUUCAGAUUUAAUUAAAUGUUGUCCCAUGUGUAGUGUACCCAUUGAAAAGGACGAAGGCUGUGCUCAAAUGUUAUGUAAAAGAUGUAAACAUGUCUUUUGUUGGUAUUGCCUUGCUUCUUUAGAUGAUGAUUUCCUUUUAAGACAUUAUGACAAAGGUCCGUGUAAAAACAAAUUAGGUCAUUCGAGAGCUUCCGUGAUAUGGCAUCGUACCCAAGUGAUUGGWAUAUUUGCCGGAUUUGGUAUACUACUACUUGUUGCUAGUCCAUUGUUAUUACUAGCUGCUCCAUGUAUAGUUUGUUGUAAAUGUCGGGUAUGCACUAGUGGAUCAAAAUUAGAUGAUCCUGAUGAUGAUAUAAUGGAUGAACCAAAUUGACCCAAUCAAUUAUGCAUCAUCAAAUAACUAAAUUUUGUUUUUGUAUUAAUAAAUGUUAUGGAUUAAUUAAUUAAUAAUCAUGCAAUAAUGAUGUUCAUUAACAAUAUGCCACCUAGUCACCAAGUUUAUUUACAGUGUGAAGCUUUAGUUGUAAUAAUAAUGUGUUUAUAAUCUAUUUUAUAACACAGACAAAUUCACCUUACUAGUGGUAUGACUA